UUUUGUCGCCUCGCAGCGAGGCAGAUCAGUGCCCUAAAACCUCAGCUUGAUGCCAUCAAUGUACGGUUGAUAGGCGUUGGCUUAGAGGAAUUAGGGCUUGAUGACUUUGUGAGUGGUGAAUUUUUUACCGGAGAUUUAUAUUUAGAUUUGAAGAAGCAGUGCUAUAAAGAUUUAGGAUUUAAAAGACUCAACUUUUUAAGCCUUUUCCCUGCCAUAUUAUCCAAGGUUUCUAGAGAUGCUAUGAACAAGGCCAAAAAAGAGAAGAUAGACGGCAAUUUUAAAGGGGAUGGCAUGCAGAAUGGAGGAAUUCUGAUAGUGGCUGCAGGUGGAAAACUGUUGCUGAGCUUCAAACAAGAUAAUCCUGCAGACCAUUUAGAAUCGACUGAGAUCCUUAAAGCUGUUGGGAUUGAAACUGAAGAGAAAUCAGCACCAUCUCCUGUAACAGAUGGUGAAGGAGAGUCUUCAAAAGCCAUGGGAGAAGGUGCCAGUGGGUCAAGUGUGGUCCAGCCCUCAUAGGUAGAACUGAAGGGGAAUGGAAAGAAUUUAUGAAGACAAUCUACAAACAGAAAUCCAAUUUGAUAUUGUGCUGGUGAUUAACUAAUUACAGUUUGAUUUAUUUAUCAGUGCUUGGUAGUUUUUCUAGACAGGAAUUUUAUCACAUGUAAAUUUGAUGUUUAGAUCUUUUGCCAGACAGAAUCCAACUGUUUUAUCCAGUAGGCAGUGUAAAAUAAUCAUUUACACAGAUCAGUAUAUAUAGCCCUUCCAGAAUGAAUUGUUGUAUUGAAUUAUACCUUUAAUACACAGGUUGGGUGAUAGCAUUUACUCAUAAAUUAUCCCACCUGAUAUUUGUGUGGCAUUCAUAGUGCUGUAAAUGCACAUACUUAAUGUUGCCUAUCUAUGCUCCUCUUUUGAAUAUUGACUUGGCUGUAAGGAAUGACAUGACCAACUGUUUGUGUUAGACUGUAGGUUUGCAAAAUUAUUUUUUAUGAUUUGUUUACUUUUCUGUUUUGGAGCAUUUAUCUUGAACUGGUCUUUGGCUUGUUAGAAAAAAUUAUAUGAACUUUUCUGAUUUCUGAUAUAAAUGCAGGACAUAGUAGAGUAUUGGAAGCAAGUUUUUUGUUGGGUCUUAUCACCAUAUUAUAUUGUAUUAUAUGUACAUUGUCAACAAAUUUAAAAUAGAUUUACUUGUGCUUUAGACAGAGUAGAGUUCAAUAUAUUGAAAUCUUCACCACUUGGAUAGAUUUAUGACGCCUGAUCUUGUAAACCUUUAUAAAGGAUGGGAUUUGGCUGAGUUGUUCCCCUUUGGGAACUCUCUAUAGUGUGGUGUAACAUUUCUUUAUAUUGUACACUUAUUUGUCAUUUUUGUGUUAUACAAUCAUGUAAAAUGCCAUAUUUUAAAGUUAUGUGUAAAAUCUAUGUGAGGUGACUGUAUGUGAUGUUUUUAAUGUCAGAAGGAAUAUUUAUUUGAUGGUCUUGUUGAUAUGUUUACAGUUCGGGAAAUUGUUCGUCAAGAGGCUGAUAGACUCAUUACUAGGACAGAAACUGAAGUAUUUUGCAAAGCGUGAAUUCAAAAUGACAAAAAAUGUAAAAGUAUUGUAAAUAUUAAUCAUUUUACAUAUGUAGAGGCUACUUAAUACUGACCAUUUAUGUUGAUUUUGAAAUACAGCAGUGUUCAAGGUUAUGGUAAAUAGCACAAAAUGUGAAGUGUUGUACCUCCACCAUGUCAGGUAAAAUGUGUUCACUUCAUUAAAUAUAUGAAUGAUCCUAAAAAUGGUAGUAGGUUUGUCUCACCAAAAUCCAUCAAUUUUCAAAAGUAAUUUUGACUGUUAUUUACAUGUUUUAAAUGCCUGAAUGGAAGAUCUGUUAUAGCUUACCUAGUUUUAAGAAACACAGAACCAUCAUUCCAAAGGUCCCUACUCUCUUCACAACUCAUUUUGUGGUGUGGAGGUUUCUAGUAUCCUUUGUUAUUGGUAUUUAGUUUGAAAUGUUUGCUGAUAAAUAACUUUGUAUUUAGGAUGUAACUAAUUUUUCAUGGCCAAGUGAAAUUUGAAUGGUGUUCCAACAAGAAGACAUUAAAAGAACCAUACCAAUCAGUAAACUGUAAACAUAGCCCAUUUUAUCAUUGUUAUACUCAAAUAAAUCGUUAUAUAUAAUUG